AUGUUUUUCUUUGCAACAUGGACUCUGAAGAAGAAAGCAGCUGCUGUUGUUGUGUAUAUUUUAUCAAAAAAGAGAGCCAAACAAGUUGACAUUGAGAAAAAAACAACGCAUUUGCGAGACCCAAUUCCUGCUAAAGUCAAAGUAGCCGCAACUUUGAAGUUUUUAUCAUGUGGGAUAAAUUACGCCGAAUUACAGUAUUUAUUUCGCGUUCACAAAAGUACUUUAUCACAGUUCAUCCCUGAAGUUUGCGAAGCUAUUUACAUGCAAUUAAAAGAAAAAUACCUCAAGACACCAUGUACAGAGGAGGAAUGGCGGAAAAUCGCGUUGCAGUAUGAAGAACUUUGGACCUUUCCAAAUUGUAUUGGUUCUAUGAAUGGCAAGCACAUUGUCAUAAAGCAGCCAAAAAAUAGUGGAUCGUUUUAUUUCAAAUAUAAAGGCACUUUCAGCAUUGUUCUGCUCGCCCUUGUCGAUGCAAAUUACAAAUUUAUUUACGUUGAUGUGGGUUGCAACGGCAGGAUUAGUGUUGGAGCGGUGUAUCAAAAUUCUAUACUUUCAAAAGCCAUACACGACAACGUUGUCAAUAUUCCACCCCAAAGGUUAGUAGGAAACGGGGAAUAUUUACUACCACAUUUCAUAGUCGCAGAUAAUGCUUUUCCGCUAAAAAAAUAUAUCAUGAAACCCUAUGCGUUUCGGGGCUUAUCUCGUGAGAAACGAAUUUUCAACUACCGAUUAAGCAGAGCGCGCCGUAUAGUAGAAAAUGCUUUUGGGAUAUUAGCAAAUAGAUUUCGCGUUUUUUUGUCACCAAUGUUGCUACCACCUGAAAAUGUAAAAAAAGUCACGCUAGCAUGUUGUGCACUUCACAAUUUUCUUUGUAAGAAAAAACCCUCAGAGUAUUCACCACCAGGGUCAUUUGAUGUUGAAAAUUUGAAAAAUGGUUCCGUCCACAGUUGUGAAUGGCGUUCACAAACACAAAGAGGAAUGGAGUCGAUUAAUUUUGCUGGAAGCAACAACUACAAAAAUGAUGCGAGAAUUAUUAGGGAUAAAUUUUGUGCGUACUUUAACUCCACCGGUGCUGUUCCAUGGCAAGAAAAAUUUGAUAAUACAACAACUAUUUCGUCACUUGCGUUAUGUUCAGGGGCACAAAUUGUUAUUAAUUUGUGCGCCAAUAAGGCUGUCACGGGUGACAUGAUUCACAAAAUGCAAGCUAAAUAUGGUGGAGAUGUAAAGCAUCCAUAUUAUGGUUGA